CCCGUGACAAAUUUCAUUGGAACUUUUUACGGCCAGGGAAGACUGAUGUUUCCUGCUUCUCUUACUUGACAGACGCGUACUGGGCAGCAAGAAAUUACACUUUCAGAUUUGUGGUUUUGGGGACUUCUGUACAAAAGAUAACUGGAAAACUGUUCGACAUUUUGACUGUUUGAAUGGUUGAAAGCGAAACAUCCCCUCUGGACCUUCGGAAAUAGAUGAACACCGCAUCACAAUACUGUACGCAGUGACCCAGGAUAGGGAUGGGUCAGUUACACACUUGAAGCCUUAUCCUGAGGAGGACACAUUACUUUAUGACCUUGCACCUUUGAAUGCUGAGAGCCCUCAAGAUGGAGGAGCAAUCCAGUCACCCCAGUGUCAGCAUCCCCUGCCACAACGAGCAGAGGGACAAGAAAAAGCGUUACACAGUUUACAAAGUACUAGUCAAUGUUGGUCAGCAGGAAUGGUUUGUCUUCAGGCGAUAUGCAGAGUUCGAUAAACUCUACAACACAUUGAGGAAACAGUUUCCAUCUAUGAACUUGAAAAUUCCUGCCAAAAGGAUAUUUGGGGACAAUUUUGAUCCUGAAUUCAUCAAGCAAAGAAGAGCUGGGUUGCAUGAGUUUAUAAAGCGACUCGUCUCACAUCCUCAGCUCUGCAACCAUCCAGAUGUGAGGACCUUUCUACUGAUGGACAAAAUGCAACAGUUUUCCGAUGCCUCUGAGGAUGAGGAUGACAAAACCAACUCUACCUCCAGAAACAUCAACCUGGGUCCCUCUGGAAAUCCACAUGCCAAGCCCACAGACUUUGACUUUUUGAAAGUCAUAGGAAAGGGGAGUUUUGGGAAGGUUUUCCUUGCGAAACGAAGACAUGACGCAAAGUAUUAUGCAGUCAAGGUCUUACAGAAAAAGGUCAUUCUCAACAGAAAAGAGCAAAAACACAUCAUGGCAGAGCGAAAUGUGCUGCUGAAGAACGUGAAACACCCUUUCCUAGUGGGGCUUCAUUAUUCCUUCCAGACAACAGACAAGUUAUACUUCGUCUUGGAUUUCGUCAAUGGAGGAGAACUUUUCUUCCAUCUUCAGAAAGAGCGGACCUUUCCAGAGCCCAGAGCAAAAUUCUACAUUGCUGAAAUGGCAAGUGCACUAGGAUACCUGCACUCUCUCAACAUUGUUUACAGAGAUUUGAAGCCAGAAAACAUCCUACUUGACCAUGAAGGGCAUAUCAUUUUGACCGACUUUGGAUUGUGCAAGGAAGGCAUUUCCCAGACAGAUACAACCAUGACUUUUUGUGGAACACCUGAGUACUUAGCCCCAGAAGUCCUGAGAAAGCAGCCGUAUGAUAAUACAGUAGAUUGGUGGUGUCUGGGUUCAGUACUGUAUGAAAUGCUCUUUGGUCUGCCGCCAUUCUACAGCAGAGACACACAUGAAAUGUAUGACAACAUCCUCCACAAGCCGCUGGCGAUGCGUCCUGGUGCGUCCAGUACAGCCUGGUCUCUCCUCCAGGGCCUUCUGGAGAAAGACGGCACACACAGACUGGGGUCCGGAGAUGACUUUAAUGAGAUCAAAGCACACAACUUCUUCUCCUCCAUCAACUGGGAUGACCUUGAACAGAAGAAGAUCCCAGCUCCGUUUACACCCAAUGUGAGCUCUUACUGCGAUAUCUCAAACUUCGAUCCUGAGUUCACAGAUGAGAUGGUCCCCAACUCCGUCUGCUGGUCGCAAGAUCACUCCAUAGUCAACGCCAGUGUAAUGGAGGCUGACGAUGCUUUUGUGGGCUUCUCCUAUGCCCCUCCUUCUGACGACUCUUUUCUAUGAAACAUUCCCAGUGAGGACUUCACUUGCCUUAACCAUCAUAACUUCUUUUGACUAAAGGGAAGAAUUUAUUCCAUGGAUGAACUUGUUCUAUGAUGCCAAAGCAAGCAGCUGAGAAGAGACAGCACUUACAUAGAUUUUUGAUGGAACCAGAUGUGCCAGAAAAGUCAUUAUAUUUUACCAAUUUGUAUUUAUAUAAAUAUUACUAAACAGAUGAUAUUUUUUAAGAACUAAGGACAGAUCUCCUCUAUUAAUGUUAUUUUUGGUGGUUUCUAUUAUGAGCCUUUAAACAUAAAACCUUAAUAAUAUCCCUAAAAUUAAACCAACACACAAUUUACUGAAAAACUUGAAAAGUUCACUAGACUUAUAAUCACACCAUUUGAGGGUUAGAUUGAAGUGUGUUAGUCGCUGUAAUUACAGCAAAAAAAAUAAAAAUUCCUGUAUCGUAUUCAUGUAUCGUAUUCAUUUAAUUAAGCUGGAAAUGGGGAUUACUUGAGAGACCACGAAAUAGAGAAUUAUGGUUUAUAGGUCACAUUUGUACAAAAGAUUUCUUCUUCGGUUACCUUUCAGAUGUCUAUGGUUUGUUUUAUUUGAUUUUUUUGUAGGUUUUUUUUUCCUGAUUAAUUGCAUUAUGUACAGAAUUUGGAAACCCACAAUUCUUUGCUUUACCUUACAUUUUCACAGGCCUAUACUCCUGCAAAGAAAUAAAAA